CAUCAAGCAAAAAGUUCUGGCUGCUCUUGCUGCUUUCUAUGUGCGCAGCUCUACUUGUUAUGGCAUCUCAGCUCUAUUUGUGAUGGCAUCAGGUCUUGCGUGUUUUGUCUUGUUGACAUAGAACGAAAGCAUUCAAGGCAUUGUGUAGCAGUUUGCAUUGCAGUGUCCAGCAUGCAUGUCUUGCUGUUGAGGCUUUUGGUCUUGCAUGUUUUUAGUUGAUAUAGGUUCUUGCAACUUGUGUGGAACUUGGAAAGCGUUUCAAGUUCAAGUCACAAGUGUAUUGGUCUAGUCUGGUGCCCCGCACCAAGUAUGUCCAGUCUAGAUGUUGCCUUGGAGCAGCAAAGCAAUGCUGCCAAAACAAAACUGAAAGAACGUGCCGGCAAAUCACGAUUGGUCGCAGACAGCAGCACUGGAGUCCGAGACAUUCAGAACGUGCUGAGAAACUUCCUCACCUACAAAGAAACUAGUGACCUGCAUGCUUUGAUCUCUCCAGGAAAAUUUGUGAAGCUCACCUGGAAGUCUCAACCAGACCCAGAGUACAUGGUGAAAAUGGCGAACCUUUGCUACGACUUGGCUGCCAUUGCCCCAAACUCUAAACUUGCAGGGAAAAAAAUCAGGGAAGCUUUGCAAAAGCUUCUUGACCUUGGUGAAGUCAGAAACACAACCGAGCGAGAGAACAAAUCCUUCAUUGACAACUCGGACCUCCUGAUUCGAAUCGCUAUGGGGAUGUUUCGAUCUUUAAAGUAUGACCUGCUUAAGAGAGAUCAAGUUCUGAGGAGGAUUGGUAGCCCGGAUUCCAACAAGAUCAAACUUGUGUUGGAGCGAUUGAUCCUUCCAACGGAUUAUGAUGGAGGGGUCAGUGAUGGUGAAGAAGAUGCCACUGC